AUGGCGGCAAUGGCGAAUCUUGCGAACACCAUGGAAGCUAAUGCUAUUGUGACUCUGCAAGCUGUGCAGAGGUUAGGCCAACCGGCUGGGAGCAGAAAUGGAAAUGACGAAGGAAAUGCGAAUGAUAAUGUUGAAGGGAAUGAAGAUAACUUGGGAGGUGUUCCGAUGACCUUGGUGACUUUUCUCAAGGUUCAUCCACCAAGUUUUAGAGGAUCAACCAACCCCACAGAGGCGGAAAAUUGGUUUCAAGCCAUGGAGCAUGCUUUACAAUCACAGCAUGUUCCAAACAACCAAUAUGUAGAAUUUUCUGCCUACCAGCUUCUAGGAGAGGCCCAACAUUGCCGAUUCAAGGAGUUCUGUAGGUUCUCUAGGGUGUGUCAGGGUGCCCCAGAGACCUACGAAAGCUGGAAAUGCAUUAAGUACCAAAGGGAUUUAAAGGACAAAAUCAUGACUGCUGUGGCUCCUAUGGAGAUUCAUAUUUUCUCCGAUUUGGUGAACAAGGCUAGAGUUGUGGAAGAAUAUGCAAAGACAGUAGCUUCGUCCAAAGACACUCAUGGAGGAAACACUAGUAAGGGACGUGGCAAGUACUUUCAGCCGAGGGGGAAGAAUUUCAAGAGAGGAGGACAUGCGCCUCAAGGACAAGGAGGCUUCAGAAAGAACACUCAUGAUCAGUUUCAGCGUGGCAAAGGGAGAGGAAAUCAGAGUAAGACUUCUCUGGAUUUAACUUGUGUGUGUUGUGGGCAUUUUCAUCCAUAUGACUCUUGUAAGAUUGGUUUAGGUGGUUGCUUCAACUGUUGUUUGCCUGGUCACAUUGCGAGGGAUUGCACUCGAGGGAAGAACCCGAAUGCAGGUCAGAGUCAGCACCAAUGGCGAGUAUUUUCUGUGAAUGCCAAGGAUGCUGCUAAGGCGGAUCCGUUGAUGAGAGGUUGA